CGUUCCACGCUCCCAAUUCAACAUCUCAUUCGCCCUGAUUCACUCUUACAGCCAUCUCUGCGCACGACUCUCAUCUUCACCCUGAUUCCUUUUAUUCCCCUCCCAAGCUGGUCUCUCAUUGAGAAAUUCCGGUCGUUGCAGAGAGAGGCCAGCCGGCUGUCAUUUUCUUAGCCCACACCACUACCAUCCCCGUCCAACCCACACACCUUCACCUUCGUCCUGUUCUCCGAACAGCCAACAACCUACAGACAUCUUCAAGCCAAAGCACUUUCCUCACCCCGAGCAAUCGCGCCUGCUCACGUAUUUUCUGAGGUUGGCCGAGAAAUCUUCGGCCGCAUCACAUCUCAAUUAUCCAUCCGUACCGCACCCUGUACCUCACUCUACCCAUCUCACAGACGCCCCCAUCUCAUUACACCAUACCCGCUCUCACUUUUGCCUCCACAUACCCCCAUUUCCCCCGUCUUCACGUCUCUUUCAUGAACGGCCACCGCCAUCAUGUCAGACGCUGAGACACCGGAGCAGUCUUUCUCGACUCCGACGCCUCAGCUCACUCCCAAGGCCAAGGGCCGCGGUAGAGGCCGGGGCAGAAAAGCUGUCGCGCCAAAGAAGGAGCCACCCAAACCCGCAGCCACAGCCGGCACUGGUCGACGCGGCCGCUUCAAGCAGUUCUCAGACGACAAAGUCCAGGCAAAUUAUGAACGUCAACGCGAGCUCAAGGCACAGUACGCAGCUCUCGCCAAUGCCGUGAAGCCUGCGCUACAAGAUCUGGCUUCGCGCUCCAUCGAUACACUCACGAAUGACAAGGACUACCACACAACGGUGCCGGAAUUCAAAGUCAUCGAGGAUAAUCUCGGCGCUCGCUUCGAGAGAUCCCUCCUUUACUUGGAGAACAAGCUGGCGACUGCCGCCAGGACCGUCUUCAAGUCUAAACAUGCCAAACUCGGCGCCGUUCGCGAUAUUUUCAAGAACGGAGUUGAAGAUGCGGAAGACAGAUUUUUAGAUGCGCAGCUUCAUCGCCUCAACCUUCUCGAAUAUCUUCAUGACCAUGGUCUUCCUGUUGACCUCGUCGACGGCGGCUGGAAUUAUAAGCAAAUUUCAGACAAGGAAGCCCAAGAAUUCGGCCUCUACGAAGUCUACGUUGGAGGAGCGCUCGUUCCCUAUCCUCAAAUCGUUGAAGGCACCGAAGCCCAUGCCCUUAGACAGGCUGCUUGGGCGGAACCUCAGACGGCGAAGGAGACUCUGGCACCACCUUCCGCGGCGGCGACUGGAGGACGAACCAGCAAGCGUAAAGCCAAUCAACAACCCGAUGGCCAACCGGCUUCCAAGAGGUCUGCUGCUGCCGAUGUCGCGCCCGUCCGUCAUAUUGCCGGUAUCAUGUCGGCUCAGCAUGCCCCCAUCGAAGACGAAUCAAAUGAGAGCACACCGGUACCUGAGGGUCCGUUGACCGCUGACCAGAGAGAGCCAGCCUUGCCGGCAAAGGCUUCAGAGCCAGAUGAAUACGGUUGCAGGCAAGUCAACCGACCGACAGCCAAGAAUGGCGCGAGUAUCGCGAAUCGUCUCAUUGUCCCUCCAUCAUUCCAGUUCGACGACGACGAGAUUGGAUUCCGUGAUUCGACCAACUCCCCUAGGCAUGGAGCCACGCUUGCUAAGCGUGGGAAGUAUCUCGGAAAGCCGAACUCGAACACCUGGCACUUUGAUCCUCUCCUUGCUCGUUGGGAUGCUAGGGACCUUGACGAAGAGGACUACGACCUGGAACUUGUACAGAAGCACGGCACUCACCCCCGACUAGGUUGUUUUCUGCCCACGAGCAAAAAUGACGCCGAGCCGCCAAAGGAGGAAGCAGAGCCGAUGCAUCCUACUGUUUUCCUCACUCCCUCUGGCAAGACCAUCCACACAUCUCGUGUCGUGCCCGUUGCAAAGGUUGAGAUUGCUCUAGCCGACAAGCCACACUCGGAAAGAAUGGGUGCAGUUCUCUCUUCCAUCUGUGAAAAGGAAGACAUCUCUCCCGAGGACAUCGAAGGGCCUGAGCUCAAGGCUCUAAAGGAAAUCCAAGAAGAAUACGCCGAGCAACGACUCAUCGCCGAGUCAAUCAAGGAAUCCGAGCCCGCGAGUCUGGAGGACACGCCUGCCACUUCGCCCCUCCCCAUGAACGACUCUGCCCUGAACAUUGCUGGUCUGGAGGAGCUGGUCGUGGCUGCUGAGGCCGUUGAGGCGGAGGCCAAGAUCGUGGAAUCUGUCGAAGAGAAGCCGGUGAUCCUGCCCGCUCCGACCCCCGUCAGACCUACUACCCGUGCUUAUGACGCUAUUCGCGACAUAUUCGGAGGGUCCGAUUCCGCUGCCGUUGAGCCUCCAGCUCCCGUCCUGUUGCCGGAACCCAUCGACACCACUGCGCUCGCAAUCCUCGCCGAUGCGUCUACUUCUACGUAUCCUUCUCAGCCCGUCGACGUUGUCACGGCCGAGGCUCCCAUCAGCCAACCCAUUCCAGUCGAUGGUCCCCCUCCCCCUCCUCAUCAUCACCACAUCGACUCCGGCUACGUAGUUCAGCCCAUUCCCGCUGAAUUCCGCAUCCAGACCGCGCCUUCAAACGACAGCGUCGGCUGGAUUGAACCCCGCAUCGCUUCACCAGGUGCAGACAGCCGAAUUCACCCCUCCAUCGAGACUCCGUCGAUGAGAGAUCCGUACUCGAAUCAGUUGCCCCCUGCUCGCCCGGUCGAGAUGUCUCAAAUGAGGUCCUCGAUCGAUGCCACCAAUGAUACCCGCCGGCACUCUAUGUACCACGAGCACAACGCUUCGUCGGCCUACAACGAGCAGCACUUGCCUCCCCCUCAUAAUCAGCAACACCUCCCGCAAGCAGACCCCAUGAUCGACCCGCGUCUUUACUCUGCUCCGAUGGACGCCUCAGCCGCCCACCAUGAAUACCAGCAGCAGGCUUACGGUCAGGCCCAACAGGGCUACCAAUUGCCGAGCAUGCCAAUGCAAGGAGGACCAAUGGCGCAGGCCUCCCCUCAACUACAACAAGCUGGCUCUACAUCACGUAUGCCAUUCACAAACCCUUCACAAGACAGGAGCUCGCCGCUUCCGCCCUUGCGACCGUCUCGUGGCCGCAAGAGUGCUCCUGCUGCACCAGAGCAGAGUGUUCAGCUUGAACAACACCAAAUGCAGCAGCAGCAGCAGCAGCAGCAACAGCAACAGCCACCGCCGCCACCCUACAUGAACACCAACAGUGGCUCGUUCUACCCCCCUGGUCCACCCAGGCCAUACCACAAUGGGUACACACAAGAGCAGCCUGGUUUGCCGCCCAUGAUGAACCAGUACCCUCCCUACCCUGGCUCGCAACCUCCGCCGCCACCUCUGCAGCAGCAGCAACAGCAGCAGCAACCGCCGCCUUAUGGGCACCCGGGCAUGUCCCCCACUUACUCAUCCAUUGCCCCGGCGCAAAGCCCUCCGAAUCUUCAGUUCGUUCCGCAGCAGCCCAAUGAACCGUCUAGAAGCCGGGCCGGAAGUGGUUCAUCAACUCCAAGUGCACAGGGAAACAGCAAAUACCCCAAGCUGGCCCCCGCACCCCUGCCUGCUCACAGAGUAGGCUGGCCUCAAGGUCCUGAGCUGCGGACCGUUCAGUAUGACUACAAGGAAAACAUCAAAGAUUAUGCGCCUACGGAACCCCCUCCGCGUCGCGGCCCUGUCCAAAUUCGGGGCUGGAACAUCAACAAUAAUAGAAUCCAGCGCCAGAAGACAGAUGAGAACGGCGACGAGCGACGCGGGUCCCGCUAGGAGCAGGAUCGCAAGUCGCCAGAGCCCAAGCCAAAGAAGCAAGGUCCAACAGGCGCGGGAGUGAAGAAGCCGGCUGCCAAGAAGCCAGCCGCUAAGAAAACAGCCGCUAAAAAGAUGACUACGAAGAAGACGGUCGCUAAGAAGACGACUGUCAAGAAGUAAGGUUCCAAGAAGACCUGAAUGGGAUCCGAGAAUCGUGUUGCAGACGAAUCGGAACAAGCCAAAAGAGCAUGUAUUAUUAUCACAUCACCUUGGACAUUGAUCUUACACAUCUGAAGAUCUUUUGUCCGCAUCAUCCGUAUGCAGGUGAAAGACUGAGAGAAAGAGAGAGGGCUGGGCUGAAAAGCCAGGUGGAGAAGCUCCUUGAAUGGAAUGAGAGCUAGGGCCGAGAGGCCGGGGUCAAUAGUGCCCCAGCAUAUUUGGAAUGAUAAUGAA